UGCAACGGGCCGAGAGCACCGAGGGGCGGUGAAGUCAAUACACUCUGUUGCAGUAAACACAAGCCAGUCUGCCUGUCGGCCUCGUGCCGCUUCGUGUAAUAUGGCAUCGCGAAGGACAUUAGGAGGCGGGCGCGUCUUGGGCAGCGGGCGCUCGCUAUCGCCGGCCGUCAUCCCGCAGCGCCCGCAACAACUCACGCCUUCCGAAAGCUCCCUGUCGCUGGCCUCGAGCUCGCAUACUUCGACGACCGAAACAGAUGAUAUCGCCAGCAGAGUCGCCCUCGAGUCCAACAAUGGCCCUGUCGGUGGUACUGCUUCCGCCAGCUCGCGCCUGGUCUGUCCCAUCUGCAACGAGGACAUGGUCACACUCCUACAACUCAACCGACAUCUCGACGACAACCACCAAAACCUGCAGGAAGUCGAGCAAGAUGAGGUCAAGAACUGGUUCGAACAACAGAUGAAGAAAGCAAAGCGUUUCCAACCUCUUGCCGUACUCAACCAGAAACUCAAAGGCCUUGACGUUUUCGAGUCCAACGCGACUGCCCCUCCCUCGCUCGUCUCGACUACACCACCUCGUUCCUCACACUCGACCCAUUCCACUCCCUUGCCAGCCACCCUGCCCGAGACUCGCCUAGACCCCGACGAUGUAGUCACAAAGGCUCAUUGGCAGCGGACCUCGGUUCAUGACACCUGCUCGGAUCCUUUGUGCGGCAAGAGGCUCGGGAAUACCAAUGGCAGCAUCAACUGCAGACAUUGCGGAAAGCUCUUUUGUGAGGAACACACCAUGUACCAGAUGAAGCUGUCUCGCUCCGCUCAGCAUGAACCCGUCCGUGGCCUGUGGUGUCGCGUGUGCGAAACAUGCUACAAGAGUCGACCUGGCUACAACGAUCACUCGGGACUCGAGCGUGACCAUACUCAAGAGUUUGUUGCCAUUCGGAGACGCACAGUAGACAAGGCAUACCUCGAAGUGAGCAGGUUGGAAAAGCGCCUUUCGAGGCUGACACAGCUGUUGGCCAACCCUCCUCCCCCUGAGAACGACCAGAGCACUAGUAGCUUCCUGUGGUCCCUGGCCGGCUCUAAGAACCACAUACGAUCCCUGGAGCAGUCAGUCGUAACUUGGGAAGAGGAUGCUCGCGUAUUACACUGUCCAUUCUGUCAGCAACAGUUUUCACAAUACUCCUUCCGCCGCCAUCAUUGUCGAAUAUGUGGUCGAGUUGUGUGCGGCGACCCAGCCACGAAUUGCUCGACUGCGAUCGGUCUCAACGUAGAUGCCCCCGUCGCAACCAACGGUCUUGAAAAAUCACUCGGUCAAGUCGCUGUUGACGUGCGUAUGUGCAAAGACUGCCAACAUACAAUAUUCAGCAAGUCUGACUUUGCCCGUCAAUUAUCUACACGACCCCCGGACCAGCGCGCCUAUGAGAAUCUUGUUCAGUUUGAGCGCGGAAUCCGUCUUCUUCUGCCCAAAUUUCAAAAGCUGCUUCAGGCCUUACAAGAUCCUGACAAACCUCCAACGCCAACUCAAUUGACCGAUGCCACGAAAGUACGUAGACGGCUCAUGGAUGCCUUCACACAAUAUGACGUCGCGGCCAGGCGCAUCAGAGACUUACCGACGGAACGUCCGACGCAAGAACGUUUACAAAAGGCCAUUUAUGCACAGGCAACUACCUUCCUGCACUUACACAUGCUUCCCCUCAAAUCCUUACCCAAACUGCUUCAACACGCGACACCGCACGGCAAACCACAAGCCAAGCCCUCAGCCGAUCCCUUGGCCGCCAUCAGAAACGAUCAGGCCAGGCCACAAGGCAGUCGAGCGAGCAGCUCGUCAUCCGCUCAAGUCACCGCGCUAGAGGCCGAAGAGAAAGAACUCCGAGAACGCAUGAUUGUUCUCGAGGAACAAAAGUUCUUUGUCGAGGGUAUGAUUGCUGAUGCGAAUAAGCGGAGGAGAUUCGAUGAAGUGGCUAGUCUGGCUGGAAAUGUCGAAGACUUGACUAGGGAGAUUGAUCAACUGCAAGGUCAGAUAGCAGGCAUGGAUUUUGCGACUGCUUAUGCCGCUGGGCAAGAGAUUUGAUCUGCACCUACAAGGAUAAUGGACAGCCGUCGUUCGCGUUAUUGUGUUAUUGGUCUUUGAAAUUAGCGAGGCGUUUAUGGUGGUGGUUUGUGUGCUAUCUAUCUCACCCUACAACGGGUCGAUAACCCAGUAUGAUAUGCUCUUCUUCUCGCA